UGAGUAGCCCCACCUUUAACCUACACUGCCUUACCUUACGGCAUGGAGGUGGAUGAAAAAUUGAGAAUGGAAAUUACCUACCGUUGCCAGCUUCUGACCUCAUCGUUCACGACGAAAACACAACCUCUCACAUGCAUGCUUACCUACUCACGCAACCUGCGCAUUCAAAGAACCCUUCUCUAAUACAACCUUCAUUUUAGUCGCAUAAGAACUACUCAACCUUAUCUUUUCUGCUCCAUCUGUUGUACAGCUAGACUCCAUCAUCAGCAGACUGGCCUUUUUUCUUGUGUCGCAUUUCAUUCAUCUCGUCGAAUCACUCGAAACAUAUACCCAGCAAUAUGUCGAUUCCACCUCAACUCAUCCGCGUAAAGCGCAAGCGUGACGAUGAAUCUCCUGUGACCUUUCUACGUACUCCUUAUUCCACUGCGCGCUCACUAUUGCACAAUCUAACUCGAUCCAGAGUUUGACGAAGGCGCAAAACGCCAUCGAAGUGAUAGCAAAUGGGUCUAUCAAAGGAGGCACCCCGGCCCUCAGUCCCCAAUGAUAGAGAACCCAUCACCGUCUCUUCGUGAUGCCAAGCCAGUCAUUCAUGUCUCGGGACCAAGCGAUAAUGCACCACCAAUACAGAAGAGCGUCGACCCUGAUGAUGCCGCCCCUAUAACGGACACCAAAUCAGUCGAACCCUCCCAGGGCACCGAACCACGACGCUUUCACAUAUCGAGGAAGAUGAUGAUGGCCUCUAAUGCAGCGCAACCAUCAGGUGCUGGCCUAAAUAAGCGAGCACGCUACGGACCUGCUGUCUUUGUCGAACGAAGUCGUGCAAAAGCCAGUCAACGAGCCUCUCAGGUUAUGAAGACCAUCCAGGCAUCUAUGACAGUACCGAAAUUGCAACCAAGUCAAGACAUAACGAUGUCUUCGGAUGCCUCGUCCGAACUGCGGCCUCCAGAGGAGCCACCACAACAGGGGCGACGACUUAAAAAGCCAGCAGCGAGGAGCAGACAGAACUCUCCUCUUCCUGGCCCCAACACACGGUCUCCUCUCCCAACUUCUGUUAUGAGUCCACACAACCAAGAUUUAUCAAAGAUAACUGCUGACAUGAACGACUGGGUUAUGAAAGAGAUUGGGGCUAAUCUCGAAGAUAUGGAACAGGAAAAGCAAAGAGUAGCCAGAUUCAAGCCUAAAGCUCCAGCUAAGAGAUACCAGGAGCGUCACCCAGAAGUGGCUGCAAGCACAUCGGAGCCAAACGAUGUCAGCAUGAAUAUGGGUGAGAGUGAGGCGGAAGACGACGACGAUUGGGUCAUUGAGGAAUACGUCCGCAUCCCUGCACAUGCCAUGACUGUCAAUGUGGCACCAACCGACGUUGGCCUGUUGGUUCUUGAUGGAAAAGAGGAGAGCAACCUAUUCUACGGCCCUGAUCGUGAUGAAGACGAGGACCUGGACGAAGAUGACGAGGAUGAGAAUGCCGAGAACUACUACACAGCUGACUAUCCAGAAGACGAGGUAGAGUCAGAUGAUGAAUACGGACGCCAUCCUUAUGGCUAUCGGAAUGGAAAUGCAUCAGACGACGAAGAGUUUGACAACAUGUACUAUGACGAAAGCGACAAUGACAUGGUCCUCGACGGCGACGGUGACGACGAUGCCACCAUGGCUCGUAUCAGGGCCUAUAUGAAGCACAGCAAAGCCUUUCAAUAGAAGCGCCUAGAUAGAGAAACAAACUAGUCUAAAGAUUUUGAGGCGUAAGACUUUCAGCCCAGCAGCAACAAAUCUACAUGUCCCAUCAUGUUGAUCACCACAAGCAGAUCUCACACGCCCUCGCCGUCAACAGCCAACAGACAAUGUAGGAUGGCCGACCCCCCGGACUUCUCUACCUCGCAUUAUUAUCCAGAGGUCCCUUAUUGUGUAAGCCACAACGGUGUACCCCUGAGGCAUGACACCUUCAUCAUUUGUCGCACUAGCCAAACGUGCAUUUCAAAUCAAACACCAACAAUAGAUGCAGAGCUCCCGAUCUGCCAUAGCCAGUCGUCUUUUGUCGACCUAAUAGGCUUGGAGGAUCCGUCACACGGUGGACGUUGUCCAUUCUUUGCCCGCGCCAAGGGGGAGGAGGGUGUUUGAUUGUGAAAUACACCAGUAUCGAGAUAAUGACUGGUUUGAUCGCCAGGAUUAUGUCGCAUACCCCACGAUAUGUGUCGAAGCAUGUCGGUGCCGGGGUUCUGGCAUCUAACCAUGCUCGGAGAAGGGUUCUUGCAUCUACACACCGUCUAGAUACACCGUCCUUGAGACACGUGCCAUGUCCGAGAUGGGACCUUCAAGCCCUGCACUAGUGGCCUGAACUGUGUUACCCUGUGGGGAUCUACAUGUUUGCCUUCGCUUUGUCAAAGCAGACGCGAAAUGCCGAAGGAACUGACUUGAAUUCUUGGCAUCCGCUUAUCGGGGAAAGGGGCGCAGGCAGUAGCUUUAAGAUUAUAAGCCUGCAGAGCAUGACAUCUACAUCUGAGCUUAAGCUUAUUAUAGUCAAAUGUCAAGUGAAUCACAAUAGAUUUAAGAUACAGAAGCUUUGUGCCAAGACAUGGAAAAAUACAAUACACUUGGUGUGGUAUUAGCAACUGAGGUGUUUGUUAUGCCGCUUCUACCAUAUUAUGGCCUCUGCUAUAUCCAUUGGUCUCAUUAUAUUGGGGGACUUAAUCGUGAUUCGUCUAAUAGUACAAACAUAUGGAAAAUACACCAACUCAAAAUGUCAACCAGCUAUUUCUUUUGCCCGCCCCCGGUGUUAUCCUUCCC